AUGGGGAAAGCAGCAGCAGCAGCUGCUGCAGCAGCAAAGCCUGCUGACGCUCUGCAGCUGAUAGAGCUGCUGCUGCAGCUGCUGCAACCACCAACGCCUGCUGCUGCCGCUGCCACCGCGCAACCCGAAGCAGCAGCAGCAGCAGCAGCAGCAGAACCACCAACAGCAGCAGCAACAGCAGGAAAUUUGCUGCUGCGGAGCAGCUGGCUGCCGGGGUUUCUAAAGUGCCUCAUAACUCACCUACAGAACAAGACAGCAGCAAGCAGCAGCAGCAGCAGCAACAGCAACAGCAGCAGCAGCAACAGCAACACCAGCAGCAGCAGCAGCAGCGGCAGUUUCGGGCCAGAUGGAUGGCUUUCUUUGCUUUCUUUUGCUGCUGCGCUGCAGAGGGUUUGUUCAACUCUAGAGACACCCCAAGGCCCUGAGUUGCUGCUGCUGGCUCAGCAGCUGCUGCUGCAGCUGCUGCGCAUAGAGAAGCUGCUGCUGCUGCGCGUUUUGCUGCAGCCAGCACAAAAGCAGCAGCUCCGUAGGACUUUGAAAGACCUCGGCCUGCCUGAUCCCACAGCGCAGCCCCAGAAGCCUUGA